AUGACCAUCACAGUUGCUGCAAUCGCUACAGGCAGUGUAGCCUUUCUACUGUAUUAUAUCUACUGGUCACUGUUCUCAAGCCCUCUUGCACGAAUCCCAGGACCCAAGUCCUUUGCCUUGACCAAAUGGAGACUUGCAUACGAGGACUACAAGGGCACUCGCACACGCAAGAUACAUGAGCUUCAUGAAAGAUACGGUCCAGUAGUGCGCGUCGGUCCAAAUGAAGUGGCAUUCAACAGCCUGUCUGCGUUGCGCACGAUAUAUGGGGCAGGGAGCGGCUUUGAAAGGACCAACUUCUAUCAUAUGUUUGCGAUAUACGGGCGGAAGAACAUGUUCUCGUUCAAUACGGUGAAGCAGCAUGGCGAACGGAAGAAACUCUUUGCUCACGCCUAUGCAAAAUCUGCAAUGCUCAAAGGACGAAACGCCCAUAUGAUUGAAACCAAGGUUAGAAAGUAUAUGGAACUUCUGGACAGAGAGGGCCGAUCCCAUAACAUCUUUACCACCUUACAUUACUUUUCCUUAGAUAACAUCACGGAGUUCCUCUAUGGUGAUUUUGGGAAGACGGCAUGUCUAGAUGGUAUGAAGGAAGACCGUGCUCUUCUUCAUGAUAUCCUCGCCACCGGUAGUCGCACACUUUCUUGGUUUACUGUCCAUCAUCCCAAACUCACAGCAUGGCUAUACUCGCAGACUGGAAUCAUCGGCUGCGUUGCUCGUCAAUUCUACCCGAUGCAGAAACCAACUCCGUACACAAGCAUCAAACUUCACGCAACCAAGGCUUUCCAGAGAUUUGCGGAUGCUUCACUUGCUGAGAAGGCUGAACAGUCAUCUCUUAUCUCAAAGCUCUGGAAACACCAUCACACCAUGAAAGAUGGCGGCUUGGACGAUCUCGAUAUUGCAUCUGAAUGUGCAGAUCAGCUCGAUGGCGGCAUUGACACCACAAGCGAUACUCUGAUGUUCACAAUCUGGUCGCUUUCUCGCCCUGAGCACAAGAAGUUUCAACAAAAGCUUAUCGACGAAGCUCGGAGUCUUUCUGAGAAAGACCUCAACGCGGAUGGCAUCCCUGGGGUAGAAGCAGCGGACAAAUUGCCCUAUGCAGAGGCAGUUAUCAAAGAAACGCUCAGACUCUUCGCACCGCUGCCAGCAUCUGAACCAAGGUCAUCACCUGAAGCUAUCACUAUUGACGGUUAUCUCGUUCCCGCCCGUACCGUCGUUUCAAUCUCACCAUAUACGUUGCACCGAAACGCAGAUGUGUUUAUAGAUCCGCUGAAAUUUAACCCAGACCGCUGGCUCGACUCGUCUCAAGAUCUCGCGCAAAUGAACAGAUUUUUCUGGGCCUUCUCCAGCGGUGGAAGGAUGUGUAUCGGAAUGCAUCUUGCCAUGGCGGAAAUGACCACAUUUGUGGCGGCGCUCUAUCGCAAAUAUACAACUGAGACUAGAGCUGGAUUUGACAAGAUCUCUCCUGGCAUCACUAGUCGUUUUGAAGUCUUCUAUGAUGAAGGCUGCAGUGGCGUGCGAGAACACGAGUGCCAAAUUGAAUUUAGGCCUCAGUGA